AUGUCGACUCACAGAAUACUCGAUUCGUCCCCAAUACCUAUCCCUCCAACCCGUCCGCCAUUUCAUGCUGCCAAAGAAGUUGAAGACGCGGCCAAAUCGCGCUCAUUGAAGCGAUCAGCCUCUGUUGCAUCCCUCCCUACGCCUCCCCGUACCCAUCACAAACGCACUCGUUCACGUGCACGAUCAUCUGCGUCCAACCAUUCUUCAGAUGAGAGUGGCUCUGACCCUGAUGGGGAUCUAGGCGGUGGGUAUGCUGCGAGGCUCAGAGCUGCUGCAACCAGGGAUGCUGCCGGUAAAACGGGGCAAAGCGACACAGGUUCACUAGCUGUUGGUAGCAAGAGACGACGUACUUCUAAAGUUCUAGCGGGACAGCACGACGAAGAAGAGGACGAGAACGCGUUCUGGACUGGUCGCAGCGGUACGGCUACCACAAGAGCCAAAGGCGUUGCUGCCACUGCGCAAGAUGCUUCGAAGGAGGCAUCCCAGUCGCGUUCACCCUCUCCUGCACUACUGCGCUAUCGCGUGAAAGCUCCCGUCUCACCGCCACCUUCACGAAGACAGUCUCAAGCACCUGUUCAGACACAGCGUGCCACAACCCCACCUCUCGAUGAGCCUCCUCUCCCUGUCACGCCACCUCGUCGCCUGUUCGCACAAACUGCCAAACCCGCUCUUCUGUCUCGUAAAAAGUCUAAAUCUCGGGAGAAGAUUUGGCCCGUCCGUGAUUCACCUAACAAUCCUUUCUUGGAAAUUGCCUCGAGUUCCGCUCCCUUAGACAACGAAUGGGACACUAGCUCGGAUGAAGAAAGUGACGUUAUUGGAGAGGCCCUGGAGCGGGAAGGUACACCGACUCCAGCCAAGGUACAUGCAGAGAAACCGACUAUUACUUACGUUUUCCGUGGCCAAAAGGCGACUUUCCAGAAUCCAUUGUAUGACCUGCCGGCUAGCGUGCUUGCGGCCUCGCGACUACCAGUAGACCAUCCUGACUUCGAAGCAUAUGACGCCUGCCCACCUAAGAAACUAUUCGUGGAAAAGAAGCAAAAGCCUAAGGACAUAGAUGCAUCAUCCGGCGAUGGUCAAGAUACACACAGGGUUGUACGCGAGAAAGGUAGUAAAUCUCGCAGUACCAGUGCUGAACGCGAGCCGGUUUUCUCCAAGCCUCCCCCAUGUGAGCCGAUGCAAGUGAAGUCGCAACCUGGGUCAGCCUCACUUUCGCGCGCAUCUUCUGCUGAGCGUGUUGACAAGGGUCGUGAGCGUGCCGAUGUUCUUGUACGUGUUAGGGAAAGCAGGGAGCAACGGGAGAGGGAGAGUAAAGCGCGUAUGGAGUCGAGGGAGGGUCUGCGAGCUGGCGCAGUCUACACGGAGAAGGACGACCCGGCCAGGCGCGCAAUGGGCCCUGAGAGGCUUUCAUCGGGCGCUUAACCUUUCGAAUAUGAUUCGUGAGUAGGUUCCAUAUUCUUGAUCGUGAUUGUGUCAAAAUGCUCGUUGGUUUGAUCCCUCUUACUGGCAAUCGUCGAUCACGGCUUUACGACUUCUGCCCACAUGGCUUGAGUGUCGUUAUUAACGUCCUCUCAUAUUCAUUCAUUUUAUUCUUUUGUUUUCUGUUUUUAACCGUUGUUUUUGUGUCUUGGUUCUCUUUUUCAUCCGUGCGAUACACCCCAUCCUCCUCCUUCUCCCGCUGUUUUUCUGUUUACCUUCAUUUUUCAAGUAUGCACUCAGCGAAACCCACGUCCUCAUGAUAUGUACCGUCGAAUAUAGUAUCAUUAAAUAUAUCUGUUGUUAGUGAA